UCAUUUGUGUAGGCAGGGAAUUCACGGACACACACGGACACUCCAACACAAACAAACAGAGAGGGUAGCGUUGGGGAAGCAAACAGAAUUAAACCGUUACUGUUUUCAAAAAUUUGGUCUUAAAACUCCCUGCGGGGUUGAGUUUGUCAAGAGAACUUGCGGAUUAGGAGAAGAUAACGGUCCGGUUUGCGGCGGAGGGAGAGGCACGCAGGCGCUUUCUUUCUAUGGUGGGAGAGCGUGGAGGAGUUCGUUUAUAGCUUAACAGAAUCGAGGAACCCAAAAGCAACUGCGAUUCUUGUCAGUAAGGAGGAGAGAUGGGGUCCGUGUCCAGGUGAUCCAGGCUUCUCCAGAUCAGAACCCUCCAUGAUCAUUGACCAUGCCACACCUGCAGGGGGCGCCACACAGGUCUACGUCCUCCCUCCCCUCCCUCCUCUUCCUCCUCCCCCUCCUCUCCUCCCCCGACAGCCUGGAUGCCCGUUCCUACCCCCUCUUCUCCCGUAACGACACUGAGUUCCAACACCUGGUGCUCCACUCGGACCCCAGGGUGGCCCGCGUCUACGUGGGGGCUCGGGACCACCUCUUCCAGCUGGGGGCCGUCGGGGGGCCGGGGGGCACCCUCCGUCUGGAGCAGGAGGAGACCACGGGCCCCGUCAGCGACAGCAAGGACUGCCUACCCCCCGUGACCCCGGACAACUGUCCACAGGGGCGCCGCACCAGCAACCACAACAAGCUGCUCCUGGUGGACGCAGGUGCAGGUGAGCUGAUCACCUGUGGCAGUGUCCUGCAGGGAACCUGUCAGAAACGCAGCCUGAGCAACAUCAGCCAGGUGCUCUACUCCGCCCACCGCCCCGUCGACACACAGUACGUGGCUGCUAACGACCCAGACGUCUCCACGGUGGGGCUGGUGGUGCAGAGGGUCGAGGGGGCGGUGCUGUACGUGGGGCGUGGCUACACCAGCGGGCACCCGCCCAUCUCCACACGCCACCUGGCAACCGCGCCCGUGUUCUCUUAUGAGGAGACUGCCAAGCUGGGCGUGGCCGGGCGGCUGUCGGAGUACGACCACCAUUUCGUGGCAGCGUUCUCCAGAAGUGGGUUUGUCUACUUCCUGUUCUACCGGCGUGACAUCAAGGCCCUGACGCGCGAGUACCGGACCUUUGCCGCCCGCGUCUGCACGGACGAUUCCUCCUACUACUCCUACGUAGAGGUGCCUCUCGUCUGCCGCUCCUCCUCCACCUCCUCUUCCUCUCCAGGGAGGGUCUACCACCUCCUCCAGGCGGCCCAGGUGGGAGAGGGCUCAGGCGGGGAGGGCCAGGCCAUCCUGGGGGUCUUCUCCUCCAGGCUGAGCCCCCCGGAGGCCUCGGCCCUCUGCCUGUUCCCCCUGGAGGAGCUGGACCGCCGCAUGGACUCCGCCAGGGACCUCUGCUACACGCAGGACGGGAGGGCCGAGGACGGAGGAGAGGGGGCCUACAUCGAGUACGAGGUCAAAUCCAGCUGCGCCAACCUGCCGCAGAACACCCUGAAGGCGUAUCCCUGCGGCUCAGACCACACCCCUAGUCCAAUGGCGAGCCGGGUCCCGCUGGAAGCCGACGCGGUAUUGGUCAGCUCGCCCGCCCGUCUCACGGCUGUGGCAGUCACCGUGAGGGAGGGACACUCCAUCGCCUUCCUGGGAGACGACCAGGGAAACCUCCACAAGGUGUUCCUGGGUCCAGGGGGACAGGUAGAGAGGUACUCCGUCACCUCCGUCCAACCAGACUGUGCUGUCCACCCUGACCUGCUGCUGGACUCCUCUGGAACACACAUCUACAUCAUGACCACACACACUGUGGAGCGUCGCCCCGUGGCGGAGUGUGGAGAACACCUGGACUGUGCGGGCUGUCUGCAGACCCGGGACCCAUACUGUGGAUGGUGCGUCCUGAAGGGCAGGUGUGUCCAGAGGUGGGAGUGUCCGGGGGGGGCCCGGGGGGGCCAGUGGUUGUGGAGUUUUGACCGCCAGCAGAGCUGUCUGAGAGCUCAGUUCCUCAGCAUCAACAACAUCAGCAGAGGAGAGAGAGCUGAGGUGGUGGUGUCGGUCCCAGCCCUACCCAGCCUAUCAGAGGGGGAGUCCUACUCCUGCUUCUACCAGGACACCCAGAGCCCUGCCUUCAUCACCGAAACUGGCGUCACCUGCUCCACCCCCAACGCCAACACCCUGCCUCCCAUUGGUCAAGGUCAGGACUCAGUGACGGUGCUGCUGUCCGUGCGCUUCCUGAACGUGACGCUGGUGUCCGCUGAGUUCACCUUCUACGACUGUGAGCUGGUGCAGGAGCUGUCUGGACGCAGACCGUGCCGGGGCUGCGUGAGCAGCCGCUGGGGCUGUAACUGGUGCAUCCACCAGCACCUGUGCACCCACAAACACACCUGCGACCUGGGCGUCACCGUCAAAAACCAGCAGUACAAACCACCACCACCCUCCCUCCCCACCCCCACCAACACCGCUGCCAGCUCCCCCACAACGUCCAAAACACAAGACUCUUCCCAAUCAAUUGUCCCAACCUCCCCUUCUCCCUCUCCCCCACCCCUACCCCAGGGUGCAUCUGCCCAACCCACCUCUCCUGUCACAACCACCCCAGCACCCCAGCCCACUACCACUGGCCAGGCCAACGCCUCCCCCUGGCCCCCCCUGAUCACUCCCACCUCCAGCGCUCCCCUGGGGGGCACCCCCACCACCCAGCAGGGGGGAGAGGCCUCGGCUGGGGGGGGCAGGGAGAGCAUCUCCAGGGCAACAACAGAGCCAGGGGAGGUGGGGGCAGAGACAGGAGAGGGCCCCGGGACCCACACCCAGACAGAUCCUCAGGACUGGCUUCCGGAGGCCCCGGAAACUACAUUUCCCAGCAGCCCUAGCGGCGUGUCAGACACCGCCACCUCCUCCGGUGGGGUGGCCCUGCUGGGGUUCCCCUUCACUUCCCUGGACCCAAAGACCCCCCACCCCGCCCCCUCGAAGGGGCCGGAGGAAAGGCUGGGAGAAGGGGAGGAGGAGGAGGAGGGAGAAAUUGAGAAGUUGGAUGGAGAGUUGGAGACUGGCACAACAGUGUUGAGUGUCACCAUGCCCACUGAAGACGUUGGUACCAACCAGACCUCACCUUUCCGUGCCCACACACCAGACCCUGCCCCCAACCCUCACCCCAUCUCCAAUCCCAACCCCGACCCUAGUUCCAACCCUGACCCUGACCCUAUCUCCAGUCCCAAUCCUGACCCUGACCCUAGUCCCAACCCUGACCCCAUUUCCAGUCCCAAUCCUGAUCUUAGUCCCAACCCUGACCCCAGCCCUGACCCCAUCUCCAGUCCCAACCCUGACCCUGACCCUAGUCCCAACCCUGGCCCUAGUCCCAACCCUGACCGUGACCCUAGUCCCAAUCCUGACCCCAGCCAUGACUCUGCCCUGUCAGCAGAGUACCAGUCAGACCCAGCGGAGCCAGGCCUCGUGCAGGACUGUCCUUGUGUGGAGGAGAUCCAGGGCUCCUCCUUCCUGCCGGUGAACGUGGAGAGGAAGAUCUCUCUGAUUGGACGACACUUACACCUGUUCCAGGAUGAGGAUCUGGACUAUGAGUGUGUGUUGGGGAUCGAGGGCAGGUCAGUGGUGGUGGAGGCCUUCGUGGAGACAGAUAACAGAGAUCCCUCUCUCUUCAUCAUCACCUGCCACCUGCACAAGUAUUUCUACGCCGAGGCGGUGGAGGAAUACAUGGCUGUGAUCAAUGUGAGGCGGAGGGAUACUUCCCAGAUCGACAGUCCUGAGGACUUGCAGGUGACUCUGUUCAACUGCUCGGUGGGGCGUUGGGACUGCAGCCGGUGUGGCACAGCGGUGCGGGGGUACGGGUGUGUGUGGUGCGGCCAGGCUGCCUCUCCAAGCUGCGUCCACCAGGACUCCUGCCCCCAACAUACCCACACCUGCCCCGCCCCCGCCAUCCACUAUGUGGAGCCAGGGUCGGGUCCAGUGGAGGGGGGCACGAGGAUCACCAUCUCUGGCUCCAACCUGGGCCAGCAGGUCCUGGACAUCCAAGACUCUGUGACAGUAGCUGGGGUGCCGUGCCUGGUCCUGCCCAGCAGAUACGAGGUCUCCUCCAGGAUAGUAUGUGAGACCACUCCCAGCGGGGGAGAGAGGCGUGGCCAGGUGUCUAUCCAGGUGAGGGGCGGCGACAUCGGCCUCUCCACCCAGAGAUUCAGCUUCCAGGACCCAGUCCUGACAGGAUUGACCCCCCAGCGAGGGCCGAGGGCUGGGGGCUCAACGCUGAGCAUCAUGGGACACUGGCUGAGGACCGGACACCCUGGAGAUGUCAGCGUUCUGAUUGGAGGAGUACCCUGUCACAUUGCGUCUGAGGUGCUGGACGGCCGGCUGAGCUGUGUGACGGGGCGCAGCAACAGCACCGGGGAACAGCGUGUGACGGUGCGCUUCGGCCGGGCGCAGCGCCACCUGCAGGCUGCCCUGUAUCACUACACCCCCGACCCCAACAUCACCUCAGCUGCCCCCUCCAAGAGCUUCCUCAGUGGGGGCAGGGUGAUCCAGGUGUCUGGUCAGUACCUUGACGUGGUGCAGGAUCCCAGGAUCAGGGUGACCCUCAGCCCCCCAGGCCCCCCCCUCAGCCCCCCGCCCCCCCCCCUGCCCCCCCGAAGGAGGAGGAGGAGCGUACCUGAGCCAGCCUGUCCUGAAGACACACUCUGCCAUGUCCAACAGUAUGUGUCCAGCUGUGCGGUCCGGAGCUCUUCCCUGAUCCUGUGUCCCACCCCGGCGGUGGGACAGGAAGCUAGGCGCGCACGGGUCCAGGUGGACUUCCUGUUGGACAGCCUCCAUUUUGCCUUUGGCUCGGUGAGCAGCGAGGCGUUCAGCUAUGAGCCCAACCCAGUCCUGUACCCCCUGAACCAGCAGGACCCCAGCCGGCCCUACCACCACAAGCCUGGCAGUGUCAUCUCUGUGGAGGGAGAGAACCUGGACCUGGCCAUCCACAAGGAGGAGCUGCUGGCUCUGAUUGGAGGGGGCGUGUGCUCCGUGAAGACUCUCACCCACAACCACCUGUACUGUGAGCCUCCGGCCCAGCAGCCCUCAGUGCUGCCCACCAGGAAACAGGAAGUGAUGGACGCUCUGCCAGAGUUCACUGUUCAGAUGGGAAACCUGAACUUCUCUCUGGGGCGCGUUCAAUACGACUCCCUGGGCCGCUCCAUGUUCCCCCUGGAGGCCCAGGUGGGGCUGGGGGUGGGCGCCUCUGUACUGGCCCUGCUCGUCCUCAUCAUCCUGCUCAUAUACAGAAGGAAGAGUAAGCAGGCUAUGAGAGACUAUAAGAAGGUUCAGAUCCAGCUGGAGAACCUGGAGACCAGUGUGAGAGACCGCUGCAAGAAGGAGUUCACAGACCUGAUGACAGAGAUGAUGGACGUGUCCAGUGACCUGGGGGGCUCAGGCAUCCCCUUCCUGGACUACGGGACGUACGCCGAGCGCAUCUUCUUCCCGGGCCACCGGGAGUCCCCGCUCAGGAGGGAGCUGGACGUGCCUGAGGCCCGCAGACACACGGUGGAGCAGGGCCUGGUGCAGCUGUCCAACCUGCUUAACAGCAAGCUGUUCCUCACCACGUUCAUCCACACUCUGGAGGUGCAGCGGACUUUUUCCCCGCGCGACCGUGCCUACCUGGCCUCCCUCCUCACGGUGGCGCUGCAUGGUAAACUGGAGUACUUCACCGACAUCCUGAAGACGCUGCUCAACGACCUGGUGGAGCAGUACGUGGCCAAGAACCCCAAACUGAUGCUGCGCAGGACUGAGUCUGUGGUGGAGAAGCUCCUGACCAACUGGAUGUCCAUCUGUCUGUUCACCUUCCUCAGGGACUCUGCGGGUGAGGCCUUCUACAUGCUGUUCAGGGCCAUCCGGCACCAGGUGGACAAGGGUCCCGUUGACGCGGUUACGGGGAAGGCCAAGUACACCCUCAACGACAACCGGCUGCUCCGGGAGGACGUGGAGUACCGCACGCUGACCCUGAAUGUGCUGAUGCCUGCGGCUAGCGGUGGCCCGGUUACCACGGUACCGGCCAAGGUUCUGGACUGUGACACCAUCACCCAGGUGAAGGAGAAGGUUCUGGAGCAGGCCUGGAAGGGAACAUCCUUCUCCCAGAGACCCCACACCGACGCUCUGCACCUGGAAUGGCGCGCGGGCGUGGCAGGUCACCUGAUCCUCUCGGACGAGGAUCUGACGUCGGUGGUGCAGGGAUCCUGGAAACGCCUCAACACCCUGCAGCACUACAAGGUUCCUGAUGGAGCCACUGUGACUUUGGUAACCAGGAACACCAAACACCUGCACCAUGACUGCCACGACUACUCACCUGGAGAGAAGACCCCCAUGCUGGACGAUGGCGAGGAGGGCGGAGUCAGGCUGUGGCACCUGGUGAAGGCCAGCGAGGAGGCGGAGCUUCCAAAGCAGCGUGGAGGGAGCAUGAGGGAGAGGGGCGGGGCCAAAGCCAUCCCUGAGAUCUACCUCACCAGGCUGCUGUCCAUGAAGGGAACCCUCCAGAAGUUUGUGGAUGACCUGUUCACGGUGAUCCACAGCACCAGCCGGCCGGUUCCCCUGGCUCUUAAGUACUACUUUGAUCUGCUGGACGAGCAGGCCCUGCUGCACAACAUCUCUGACCCCGACACCAUCCACAUCUGGAAGACCAACAGUCUACCGCUGCGGUUCUGGAUCAACAUCCUGAAGAACCCUCAGUUCAUCUUUGACGUGCAAGUGAGCGACCACGUGGACGCAGUGCUGUCUGUCAUCGCUCAGACCUUCAUGGACUCCUGCACCCUCGCAGAGCACAAGCUGGGCAGGGAUUCUCCAAUCAACAAGCUGCUGUACGCCCGAGACAUCCCUCGCUACAAGCAGAUGGUGGAAAGGUACUAUGCUGAUAUCCGCCAGACCAUCUCAGCCAGCGACCAGGAGAUGAACUCUGCACUCGCUGAGCUGUCUCGGAACUAUUCUGGAGAGGUGAACUUCAUGGUGGCCCUGCAUGAGCUGUACAAGUACAUCAACAAAUACUACGACCAGAUCAUCACAGCUCUGGAGGAAGACCCCACAGCCCAGAAGAUGCAGCUGGGCUGCCGUCUCCAGCAGAUCGCCGCCGCCGUGGAGAACAAAGUCACCGACCUCUGACCUCUGAGUGGGUGGGGCCAGGCCAGGCCAGGGCCUGACAGAAAGACAGGAAGUGGAAGAGAAAUCCAUAAAAGAAAGGAGCAGAACGGGAAGAGAGGAAUGCUAGCUAUGCCUAAUGUCAUGUCCCUAGUCUUUGUCAGGAAACAGAGUAUCAAAUGCCAAAUGUCCGUCUAUCCACUGACCUUUAACCCCUGACCUUUACCUUCCUGACCUUUACCCCCUGAAGCCUCUUAUUGGCUGACAAGUCUCUGUUCCAGGAAGUGGAGGGCAUGGCAGCUAGGGAUUGUACAGACAUAGCGGACCCCUGAAGAGGACUAGGUGAUGUUUUACAGGUGCAGAUGUUACGAUGCAAUCGUUGUUCCAUUACUAAUGCCUUUUGUUGUCUACAAAUGUUUGCUCAAGUCUUAGUUUUACCAGAGCUGUGUGGGUUACCAGUACGUUGUCCCUUGCAGCCAGAUGAAGUGAGUUUGAAGGUACGAAGGCAGUUGGAAAGUCAUUCCUCAUGGCCAGUUACCUCAGAUAAUAAGGACAAGUCACACGUUUCUGUCAAAGGAACCACACGAUGACCCGACAAGUCUGCCUGCAUCUAGAUUGACCCGUCCUGAAACUGAGAUGAUCUAGAACCACGGCACCCUAAAUUCUAACAACAACAAUGGGUUUGUGCCCCUGACAAUCCCUUGGUUCCCCUGACAAUCCCUUGGUUCCCCUAACAAUCCCUUGGUUCCCCUGACAAUCCCUUGGUUCCCCUGACAAAGCCUUGGUCCGCAGUGACAGAUUCAUCAGUUGUGACUGAGACUUGUAUGUUUUUAUGGUUACGUUGUGAGCGGACGUGAAUGUUUCUAUGGUUACGUUGUGAGAGGACGUGUGUGUUCCUAUGGUUAUGCCAGUGAAGGGACGUGUGUUUCAAUGGUUAUGCCAGUGAAGGGAUGUGUGUUUCUAUGGUUACGCCAGUGAAGCGAUGUGUGUGUUUCCAUGGUUACGCCAGUGAAGGGAUGUGUGUGUUUACAUGGUUACGCCAGUGAAGGGAUGUGUGUUUCCAUGGUUACGCCAGUGAAGGGAUGUUAUCUUAAGAGAGUUUUAGAUUGUUUCCACGGCUCGUUACCACUGAUCAAAGAAAGCACUUCCUCUUAGUUCUCUUUUUGUUUUAAUAUAUGUAUUUUAUGUUGUCUUUAAUUUUAUUUAUUUAUUUAUUGUUUGCUGGGUGGUGAUCUCUUUUCAAAGACCAAAAUAUCAAUUUAAAGAAUGUCCACAUUUUGAAAAAUCUGUUAUCGCUUCAAAGUAACAAAUAACCUUUCAGUUGAAUGGGUUUUGAUUACAUUCAAUAUAAUUAAAAAAUGAUGCUAACCCUAGUCCAGUUUACUGUAACCCUAACCCUAGUCCAGAUUACACUCUAAUCCUAAUUUUAGUUCAGAUUACAGUCUAAUCCUAACCCUAACCCAGAUUACACUGUAAAUCCAACCCUAGUCCAGAUUAUAUGUUAAUCCUAGCCCUAGUCCAAAUUACACUCCAGUCUUAACCCGUCACCCUUCUAGUAACUAGUGAUGUGAUAACAGGCCUUCAUGAUGCGCUGCAGCAGAAGCAGCAGGGGCGAGAACAGUGUUUCCCUCUUCCACAACACUGAUUUCAUCACUGCCCAUUUUGAUUAAAUGGUUAUAGAUUGAGUUCCUUACAUGUGGUAAACAAUUUGGUUUAAAUUUGAAUUAUUCCUAAAAGUUCAAUGGAAAUGUAUCAGGAAUGUGUUGUUUUGGGUCUGAAGAGGGGAUGAAGAAGUGUUUGUUUGGCGUACAGCAGAGGGGUCAGCGGUCAGGGGUCAGGGGUCAGGCCUACCCUCACGCUAAGCCCAACACGUCAACAAUCACUUUCACUUCCUGUGUGCAUCAACUCUUAAUACUAACACAUUUUACCAUAGCUGUUUAUACAAGUUACAAGGGAAUAUCUGUGUUUAGUAAUGUCCUGUAGUCAGACAAAUAAAACACUGCUGUUUGCCGUAAUAAUGACUGGGCAAAACCUCUUUGGACAGUUCUAAGAAGAUACAGGAGAGGUUAUCAGUAUUGGACAUCAUGGUAACAGAAAAUCAUCCUGCUAUUUGCUGGUAUUUAAGAGGUGGAGAGGGAGUGAAGGAUGAUGUGAAGGAUGAGGAUUUAUAACUGUAGUGGAAAGUGAAAGCAGCAUCUACAUGGGAUCAACAGAUUAACUAUACAGAGGAGUAGUUCCCGAUCAACAGAUGAACUAUACAGAGGAGUAGUUCCCCAGUCCAGGAGCUGUGUGCCCUGCUGGAACACACUCUACCAUCAGCUAACUCAACAAACUUCAACCAAACUAACCACAGCCUAAUGUGAUGCAAUAAAACACAAUGAGAAAAGAAUACCUCGGGGAAGUGUUGUUUACAUUGAGUAGUAAGUGAUUGUAACAUGUAAAUGAAAUACAAGACAGUAUAUAUUUGAACUU